AUGAAAAGAAGUGUAGAGGAAAAAGACAAAGCUUUGGAGAACAACCAAAAAGAACUAGAGGAUUUUAAAGAGGAUUUAAAAAGAAAGGAAAAAGCUUAUGAAAAAGAAAUUGAGAAGUACAAGACUGAUGUUUCAAGUAUGGAGAAGGAAGUAGGAAAGAGUCAAGAAAAUAAGGAAAGGACAAAUAGCCUCAUAGAGGCUAUAAUUACAGAUGAGGGAAAAAAUCUUGGUGGAGAAAAACACAGUGCCCAGGCACUAAGUCUGGAGGAAGCAAUUGGUAGUCUUGAUUGCAUCAUACAGGACAUCAAGGGUCAACUUGCAUCACUAAAGGAGGAGUUAUCUAAAAUAGAAGCAUAUAAAUUCAAGCUGAUACAGGAUAUGAUGGGAGAGAAGGAGAGAGUACAGAAUGCUUCAAAACAACAACAGGAAAGGUUGAAUGAGACUGUAGCAGAACAUGAAAACUGUAGAACAAAAAUAGAGGCCUUAAAAGCAGAACUAGAAACAAACAAAAAACAUUACACAUUACUGAUUGAAAAGGAAAAUUAUUGGAAGCAACAGCUAAGCAAUGCUCAAAACUGCAUCGAAGAACUAACUGCUGCAAAGAGUUUUCUUGCACAGCAGUUACAGGCUAUUGAUAUAUCUAAGGAACAGCUCAGAAAAGAACUUAAACUUGGAAUACCUAAGCAAAAAGUGUGGAACUUAGACCAGGAACUGACAAAAGUGUGCGACUUGAAAAGACAACUAGAUGAAGAAAAGAAAAAGAGCUUGGGUGUGAGUCGCCAUUUGUUGGAGGAGAAGAACAGAAACAAAAACUUACUCCGAAAACUGGAGAGAAAAGAGAAUUUGAAAAACACCAGGGACCCAGACCAGCCAUCUCUCUGUACCAGUGAAAGUCAGACAACCAGUUCCCUUGAGGAAGAAAUGCACACCAUUUUGGAAAAUAACAGAAAAGUCCAGCUGACUUUGGAAGCUGAAAGGCAGGUAUCGGAAGAUUUCUACAAAGAGCUGUUGCUAGAGAAACGAAAGAAUGCAUUUUUAAAUGACUGCUUCAAACAUGAGUGCACAGAAUCUUCAAAAGACAUGGAGCACCAGCUCUCCUUUUUUACUUGGAUGGCUGACAAGUAUCGUGCCAGAAUGCGUAGAAUGGAUGAGUUGUCGAGUACAAUGCAGGAGUUUACAGAAAAUUUGGAAGACCAGUGA